AUGAUAACGGCCGGUGAUGUAGCGGUGGUGGUAAUGCCAGUGAUAGCGCUACGUGAUAAUCAUAGCAGAUAUGAUAACGAUAGUAGUAGUAGUAGUGGUGAUAAAGCAUUGAUGGUGAUGAUAACGAUGGUGAUGGUAGUGGUAACGGCAGCAAUGAUAAAGAUAUUAAUAAUUAUAGUGAUGGUAACGAUGAUAACUGUGAUGCACAUUGUAAAUAAAUAA